AUGGCGCUGAUGGCGGGGCUGCGCGCUCUGCUCCGCGCCGGGUCCCGGCUCCGGGGCGCGGCCCUCGCACGGACGGAGGCGGCGGCCGGCUUCGGGGACGGCGUGCGGCGCUUCGGGAGCCAGCGGGUGCUGGUGGAGCCGGACCCGGCCGCAGGGGUCGCGGUGGUGAAGCUGAAGAACCCCCCAGUGAACAGCCUCAGCCUGGAGCUGCUGACCGAGCUCGCCAUCAGCCUGGAGAAGCUGGAGAAUGACAAGACCUUCCGCGGCGUCGUCCUGACCUCGGACGUCCGCGGGAUCUUCUCGGCGGGCCUGGACCUCACGGAGAUAUGCGGGCGGAACCCGGCCCACUACGCGGAGUUCUGGAAGGCUCUGCAGGAGCUGUGGCUGCGGCUCUACCUGUCCAACAUGGUCGUGAUCGCCGCCAUCAACGGGGCCUCUCCGGCCGGAGGCUGCCUCAUGUGCCUCAGCUGCGACUACCGGGUCCUGGCCGACAACCCCAAGUGCGUCAUCGGGCUGAACGAGACCCGGCUGGGAAUCGUUGCCCCGUUCUGGUUCAAGGACUCCAUGCUGAACACCAUCGGGCACCGGGCCACGGAGCAGGCCCUGCAGCUGGGGACGCUCUUCCCGCCGGCGGAGGCCCUGCGGGUGGGCCUGGUGGACCAGGUGGUGCCCGAGGACCAGGUGCAGAGCGCGGCGCUCUCGGCGAUGGCCCGGUGGUUGGCCAUUCCAGACCACGCCCGGCAGCUGACCAAGAGCAUGAUGCGCAAGCCCACGGCUGACCGCCUGGCCAAGCAGCGCGAGGCCGACGUCCAGAGCUUCGUCAGCUUCGUGUCCAGAGACUCCAUCCAGAAGGCCCUGCGGACGUACCUGGACAGGCUCAGGCAGAAGAAGGGUUGAGGGCAGCUCCCGGCGGCUCGGCCACCCCGCUGGGCCCUGGGGCCAGUUGGACCCCAGCUGGAAAGCACGCUCAGCUGUAUCUUGCUGGUCCCCCCUCAAGGCCCGGCGCCCCAAGGCCCUGCACCCCCAUGUGUGCCUUCCUGCCUGGUGGGCCCGGCCGAGGGCGGCUGGGGCGUCAGUCUGGACCUCGACCACGUCACCAGGCGUCUCCUUGUCAGGACAGAAAUGUGAAUAAAGUCCUCGGUUGGCCUGUCCCGCCGCUGGAAUGUCUGAUGGCUGGAGGGGCCGGGCCA